UUUGUUAUUGUGUGUUUAUUUGUUCUUAAUUUAUUCCUCUCUUUUCUUCUCUGAGUCUUCCUCUCUUUCCCCAUCUUGUAAGUUACGGAGGCGGUUUAACCUUAAUGGGAUGCACAAGGCUGGCGAUGUAAUCCUUGGUGGGCUGUUUGAAGUCCACUAUAGCUUUAUCUUCCCAGAGCUGACGUUCACCUCAGAGCCACAUCAGCCCAACUGCCAAGGUUUUGACACUCCAGGGUUCAGGCAUGCCAUGACCAUGGCCUUUGCUGUUGAUGAGAUCAACAAGAACACCAAUCUGCUACCUAAUGUGACUCUGGGAUACAUUCUUUAUGAUAACUGUGCUACACUUGGUAUUGGGUUCAGUGCUGCGUUGUCAUUGGCCAGUGGUCAAGAGGAGCAGUUUCUACUUCAGGAGAACUGUUUAGGGAUCCCUCCAGUUGUCGGUAUUGUGGGCGAUCCCUUCUCGACGCUUUCUAUUGCCAUCUCCAGUGUGCUAGGUUUAUUCAAACUGCCUAUUGUGAGUUAUUUUGCUACAUGUUCCUGCCUGAGUGAUCGGCAAAGGUUUCCAUCCUUUUUCAGAACAAUCCCAAGUGAUGCUUUCCAGGUGCGUGCUAUGAUUCACAUUCUAAAACACUUUGGCUGGACCUGGGCAGGUCUGCUGGUCAGUGAUGAUGACUAUGGACUUCAUGUUUCCAGAUCCUUUCAAUAUGACUUGGCUAGGUCUGGUGGAGGUUGCCUGGCCUACUCAGAGAUUUUGCCUUGGGGCAAUGAUCCAAAUGAAUAUAAGAGGAUUGUGGGUGUGAUGACAAAAUCCACAGCUCGUGUGGUCAUUGUGUUUGCACUUAAGAUGCACAUGAUUCAACUCAUGGAAGAGGUGGUGAAGCAGAAUGUGACAGGCCUGCAGUGGAUUGCCAGUGAAGCUUGGACAUUAGUUGAUGGACUCCAUACCCCUGCCUUCAUGCCAUACCUGGGUGGCACACUGGGCAUUGCUAUCCAUCGUGGAAAAAUACCAGGGCUCAGGGACUUUCUGUCAAGAAUUAAUCCUCACCAACAACAAAACAACAGCUAUGAAAAUAGCAUGGAGAAGCAGUUUUGGGAAUACACAUUUCAGUGUAGAUUUGCACCACCUCCGGCAGGUUGGGUGGAAGCUGGAGGAGCAUUAUGCACUGGACAGGAAGAUCUAGAGAAUGUGGAGACUGAGUUUUUGAAUGUGUCAGAACUCGGACCUGAGUACAACAUUUACAAGGCUGUGUAUGCUCUGGCAUAUGCCCUCGAUGACAUGCUGCAGUGUGAGCCAGGUAGAGGGCCUUUCAGCGGGCACAGCUGUGCCAGUUUGCAAAGACUGGAGCCAUGGCAGCUUAUGUAUUACUUGGAAAAGGUAAACUUUACAACACCAUUUGGUGAUCAAGUGUCAUUUGAUGAGAAUGGUGACGCCUUACCAAUAUAUGAUGUAAUGAACUGGCUGUGGCUCCCUGAUGGAAGAACUGAGGUUCAGAGUGUGGGUGUGGUUAUAAAGUCAGCGUACAACGGUGAAGAACUCACUCUUGAUGAAGACAAAAUCUUCUGGAACUUUGACUCCAAACAGCCACCCAGGUCAGUUUGCAGCGAGGGCUGCCCCCCAGGUACCCGCAUGGCUAGGAAGAGGGGACAACCUGUAUGCUGUUUUGACUGCAUUCCUUGUUCUGAGGGCAUGAUCAGCAAUGAAACUGAUUCCAUGGAGUGCAUCAGUUGUCCAGAGGACUUCUGGUCCAGCCCCCAGCAUGAUCACUGUGUUCCUAAGAAUACAGAGUUCCUCUCCUACCAUGAGCCUCUAGGGAUCUGCUUGACAACCGCCUCAUUGCUGGGCACACUUAUCUGUGCUGUUGUCCUGGUCAUCUUCACCUACCAUCGCAGCACACCCAUGGUUCGUGCCAACAAUUCAGAACUGAGUUUCCUGCUCUUGGUGUCACUUAAACUAUGUUUCCUUUGCUCACUGCUGUUUAUUGGACGUCCCAGGCUGUGGACAUGCCAGCUGAGACAUGCAGCAUUUGGGAUCAGCUUUGUGCUUUGUGUUUCAUGUAUUCUUGUGAAAACCAUGGUGGUUCUGGCUGUGUUCAAGGCAUCCAAGCCAGGAGGUGGAACCAGUCUGAAGUGGUUUGGUGCUAUGCAGCAGAGAGGGACAGUUAUGUUUCUUACUUUUAUCCAGGCAGCAAUUUGCACUGCCUGGCUUGUUUCUUCCUCACCAGCUCCUCAUAAAAACACUCAAUACCACAAUGACAAGAUAGUUUAUGAGUGUGUUGUAGGUUCCACAGUUGGUUUUGCAGUGUUACUGGGUUACAUUGGCUUCCUGGCUAUCCUUAGCUUCCUGUUAGCAUUUCUGGCAAGAAAUCUUCCAGACAACUUCAAUGAAGCCAAACUUAUCACUUUCAGCAUGCUGAUCUUCUGUGCUGUGUGGGUGGCCUUUGUCCCAGCUUAUGUAAACUCUCCAGGCAAAUAUGCAGAUGCAGUGGAGGUAUUUGCCAUCCUGGCCUCCAGUUUUGGUCUCUUAGUGGCACUGUUUGGACCCAAAUGUUACAUAAUCCUGAUGAGACCAGAGAGGAACACAAAGAAAGCUAUAAUGGGUCGAGGCACCAAGUUAUAAAAUAACCGCAACAUGGUCAACUACUGUGAGCCAAUAUGUAUUUUAUAUUCAUUCAGUAGAGAUAUUCCCUUUAAGGGUUACUUGUGAAUUUUUAAACCUGUUUUCUCUUUCAUUGUGUAUCAGCAGAACACGGUUGCAUUGUAAUCUUUGUGGGCAAAUGUGCACCCCAAAGAGCUUUUUUUUGCCAUCGUCAGGCUGACAACAUUAUGGAAAGGAUUCCUACAAGGAUAGACCUUUUCUUUUAUAUUUUUUUUGUUUAAACAGAAACAGCUGCUACAUCGCUCUGUUCAAAGCCACCAGACUCCUUGACAAAAACUGUUAAUAUUACCUCAAGCAGUACACCUGCAACUCCUAUGUUCUGCAAGCUAAAAUACUUUUUUUUGGUAAGGGAGUCUGGUGGUGUUGAACAAAGUAAUUUAGCUAUUGUUUCUGGUUAAACAAAAAUGAUCUUACCCUUCUAAAAGGGUCUAUUUCUGUAGGGAUCCUUUCCAUAAUGUUGUGAGACAUGUGUGACAUGCAUUGGCGGUAUGCAAUUGCCUGCAAGGAUUUCAUUGCAGCCAACUGCAGCUUUACUUGCUCAGUACCUAACUAUUUUUAAAAAAUGUUGUCUGCAUUAUACACAGGCACAAAAAUAUCCAUGUUGAAAAAUAAGUUACACUU